AUGAGCCGACAACGAAGCUGUAACUGCCAGAUAAGCUUAGCUGCUGCUGCAUCAAGAACCCGAUUGAGAGACAAGCACAGGUCGUACAACCACAACGUCACAGGAACCAAGGAACCAAACCAGCCUGUGAAAAUAAUAUUUCCAUCCUGUCCAACGGGAUUCGGAUUUCGAACGCUCCAAUUCUUACAUGGACCGAGGAAGUAUCACCGUCCUCCUGCUGAUCCGGGUCUCGCUGAUCUGGUGUUUGGGCAUCAGUCCAGGUUCCCCAAUCGUCCCUCGAGAAGGUGGAGUUUAAUCGUUUUGGCUUUCCUCCUUGGAGCUCGUUUAGCUCGCUUUCUAGAAGGCAAGGGAAAGCGAAAGCGAGGAAUACGACCAGGCCGGGAUAGAGCGAGAGGUGAUCCAACUGGCAACGAGCGAAGAGAAAGCUUGGUCACAAAUUCAGGUAGGUUUUAUGCUUAUCCAUACACUGCAAAGUUUAAGAAAUCAAAAAUGGCGUGGGGUAGAAGCGAAUACGAUUGCAGUCACAUCCCCAAUCCCGCGUAUCUUUCGUACAAUCCUCUCACAAGGUGUUUAAAUAGUGGCAGCAAAUACGGAGUACGCGGGUCAACGUCUUGGGGAUUUUCAAAGGACCAGAAAAACAAGCUUUGUGACAUUGGAUCUUGCUUGGCUCGUUGCAACCCCAAAAGGAGGGUGGUGAUCACCUGA